AUGGAACGGUUAGGCCACGGGUCGUACUCCUCGAUCGCGGAGGAAGACUUCUUGUCCGCGGUCACGUCUUCGCAUACGUGCGUCGUGCACUUCUCCUUGGACGAGUUUGAGAGGUGCAAAAUUCUCGACAAACACUUGCAAAGCUUGAGUCAGAAGUAUUUCCAGACGAGAUUUAUGAAGGCAAACGCGCCGGAUUUGCCGUUCUUUACGGAAAAAUUAAACGUGAAAGUUCUGCCGUGUUUGAUCUUGUUCAAAAACGGCGUCGCGUUCGAUCGAAUCGUCGGGUUCGAGGAUUUCGGAAAUAAGGACGAUUACAAGACGAUGGCUUUAGAGAAACGGUUGUUAGAGGCGGGCGCUGUUGAAGAGGAAGAGAAGGCCAUUGAAGAGGAGGAGAAAGGAGACGAACAAAUCGAUAAGGAGGAGGUGAUGAGAGAGUUAGCAAACAGACGCAUGAAGAGAGGGUUCCACAAGACGGAAAGCGACGAGGAUAGCGAUUUUGAUUGA